GCCUGGCCGGCGGACUGGCGGAGCGCGAUGCGGGCUCGCUCGGGUACCAGCGCUGUCGCAUCCCAGCCUCGCUCCCGCACCCGCGGCCCGCCCACCGCGCUGCUCCAGCUCCUGCAGCCGCUCCGCAGCCUCCCCGCGAGGCCUGGCAGGUCCAGCCCGGAGCGCAGCUCGGUCCAGUCGGGCAGAGGCAGAGACAUUGGGCGCAGAGCGGAGAUGCGGCGGUUCGGGAGCACCCUGCUAUGCCUGCUGCUGGCGGCCGCGGUCCCCACGGCCCCCGCGCCGGCUCCGACUGCUACUUCGGCUCCCGUCGAGCCCGGCGCGGCUCUCAACUACCCGCAGGAGGAGGCCACCCUCAACGAGAUGUUCCGCGAAGUGGAGGAACUGAUGGAGGACACGCAGCACAAAUUGCGCAGCGCGGUGGAGGAGAUGGAGGCAGAAGAAGCUGCCGGGAAAACAUCAGAAGUGAACCUGGCAAGCUUGCCUCCCAGCUAUCACAAUGAGACCAACGCGGAAACCAAGGUUGGAAAUAAUACCAUCCAUGUGCACCGAGAAAUUCACAAGGUAAGGUGGUCUUGAUGUGGGCAAGCAAUUUUUAAAGAAGCAGUGAUUCUUAACCUUGGAGAUGCAUUAAAUAAGGGGUCUCAUGAGUGCAUCAUUGAUGAGGACUGCGGGCCCCGACGUUAUUGCCAGUUUGCCAGCUUCCAGUACAUCUGCCAGCCAUGCCGGGACCAGCAGACAAUCUGCACCCGGGACACUGAGUGCUGUGGAGACCAGCUGUGCGUCUGGGGUCACUGCACCAAAACAGCCACCAAAGGCGGCAAUGGGACCAUCUGUGACAACCAGAGGGACUGCCAGCCUGGGCUGUGCUGUGCCUUCCAGAAAGGUCUGUUGUUCCCUGUGUGCACACCCCUGCCCGUGGAGGGUGAGCUCUGCCAUGACCCCGCCAGCCGGCUUCUGGAUCUCAUCACCUGGGAACUGGAGCCUGAUGGAGCUUUGGACCGAUGCCCGUGUGCUAGUGGCCUCCUCUGCCAGCCUCACAGCCACAGCCUGGUGUAUGUGUGCAAGCCAACCUUUGUCGGGAGCCACGACGAAGACGGAGAGACCCUGGUGCCCCGAGAGGCCCCUGACGAGUACGGAGAUGGUGGCUUCGUUGAAGAGGUGCGCCAAGAGCUGGAGAACCUGGAGAGGAGCUUGUCAGUGGAAAUGGCUUUUGGGGAGCCCGAUGCUACCUCUGAGCUGCUGGAGGCCGAAGAGAUUUAGACUCGGGCCUGUUCUGCGGGUAGACGUGCAAUAGAAGUAGCUAACUUAUUUCCCCAGCUGUGCCCUCUAGGUGUCGGCUCACCAGGCUUCUUUCCAUGGCCUCUUCCCAGAACCUUUUCCCUCUGGCUUGAAACAAAAUGAGGUGCUGCACACUUGUCCAGCCUCCUCCCACCCCUACCCCCCACCCCCACCUGCAUACCACGCAUCACAAUUCUGGUGCUGGGGAAGGAUGGGGUGUGGGGCGGGGCUUAAGGCAAAACAGGGCUGUCAAACAGGUUCAAAUCAUUGGCCACUUUGCUUCUGCUGGUUGGCAGAUGGCUCAUUUCAUUUUGUUUUGUGUUGGAGGGGAGGAGAUGGAAAAGGAUGCAGAAUUUCCUCAUGAUGGGUUUUGGGGAAAUGUUGACUCUUAUACAUGUGGAGAAGACUGCCCUGUUUUGCAAAUACUAUAAACCUGGCAAAAAUGCAACAAAUGAAUUUUUCCUGCACUUCUUCGCGUGGGCAUAAGUAAGCUGUGCCUUCAGCUGUGGCAGGUGAGAUGCUCUGCCGCCUCUGAGUUACAUGCAUUCAGCCUUUCAGCAGUGUUACUCAGCCCCUACCUCUGUGCCAGGUACACCGUUUCAUACGUAUCCACAAUCAAGUCAUGCUCUCACCGCAACCUGGUGAAGGGGGCACUGUUCUCCCUGCCUGUCAGGAUCUCGGAGGCUCAAAGAUGUCAAGUUGCUUGCCCAAGUCACACAACUAGGGAGGACCUGAGCAGGAUUUCACCCAGGUGUGACUCUAAGCCCAGUGCUCUCCCCUCCUCUCCUCACCAGCCUUGGUGCCACUAAAAGUACCCCCUACAAAGAGGAAGAAUGAGAUGUUUCUGUUUUUGAGGCACAUCUGGAAUUAAGGUCAAACUAGUUCACCCAUCGCUGUAAGAGCAAACUACUCUUAGAAGUAACAGCGUUCUCCGUAGCGUGGGGGCAGCCAUCGUUCUAGUGGAGACAAAUCAUACUGACACUGUCCGCUAUGGCGGUUAGUUACAUUAGUAACUUUGAAGGUACAUGACUGGAGCAUAAUAUGUAAGUUAACUUGCCAGAAACAGUACUUAGGUAAUUAAUUGUAGGGCCAGGAUUAGACACAAAAUUUACAAGAUCGCUUACCAGCAACUGUAGGCUAUUGUCAACCACAUGGAGAAAAUCCAACCAAGCUAAAGCUCUAUGAAAUAUGGUUGUAAUAUCCAAACUGAGAGCACUGAACUGUAUUGCUGUCCCACAAAUGAUAUUUUCAGGUGCCAUGGACUGUUUCCAUUAUGUAUUCAUCCAGAGUUAUUAAAUUUUAAAGUUGCACACGAUUGUAUAAGCAUGCUUUCUUUGAGUUUUAAAUUAUGUAUAAACACAUGUUGCAGUUAGAAAUUAAGCAUAAAUCACUUAAACUACU